AUGAGCACCACCGAGCAACAGCAACUUCCCUCGCGUGAGGAGCUUCAGCAGCGUGCUGUUGAGGGCCACCCCAUCACCACCGAUGAGGUUUCAAAGAUCGCUAAGACGGAGGCUGAGCUGACGGACGGUCGUGGACCUAUUGCGGGCGGAGUUGCCGCGACGGCGCAGAGCUUGAAGGCCAAGCAGGAGCACUUUAUUGAGGUGGCCAGCGAGGUGUCUCACAAGCCCGUCAACGAGGUCACCAAAGAGGAUGCAGCUGCUGUCGAGAGCGCCGAGGCACGUCUUCUUGGUCACCGUCCCCCCAAGGGAUCGACUGCCGCCACGAUUCAGUCGAUCGCCGACAAGAACGAGAGACUUAUGUCCGAGACCAAAGAGGGGUCCUAA